ACUCCUGGUGUAUUUCAAUGUGAGAGUUGUGACUAUUCUAGUAACAAUAAACACUAUCUCAAACAACAUGUUGACUUAGUACACAUAUCUGGUAGACCAUAUAAAUGUCCAUUUUGUGACUAUGCUGGAAAGAGAAACCACUCUCUACGAGAACAUUUAGUGGUGCACUCAAAUGAAAGACCUUAUGAAUGUAAUCACUGUAAUGCUACAUUUAGAAAAAAGGGACACCUUACCAACCAUGUAAAACUUCAUGCUUCCCCCAAAUUGAUAAAGUGUGCCCUUUGUACAGAUACAGAGACUCUCCUUACAGACCAGAAAAGCUACCUUGAGCAUAUGCAAUCCCUCCGUUACCGUUGUAAGUUUUGUCACUAUAGUAAUCCGAAGCCUCUACUUAUUAGAAUACACAUGCGGUUACACAAGAGCAAAAAACCCUUUGAAUGUUCUCUCUGUGACUUUGUAGCCAGAUCAAUGGAAGGUCUACAGAUGCACAUGAUACAGCACUGCAAGGUUCGUACAUAUCAGUGCAAACUCUGUCCGUCAGCAUUUAACUAUAAAAGUCAACUAAGAGCCCACAUGAGAGCACAUACAGAAAAGGAUACAUACAUCUGCGACUUUUGUGACUUUGUAACUGCUAACUUGACAGCUUACCGUCAACACACAUUGGUUCAUGUUGACAACUCGUCGUUUGCUUGUGUUAAAUGUCAAAAGAAAUACAUCGAAGAAGAACAAGGAUUGAGUUCAGAUGAAGAAACCAACCCAGCUACGAAAGAAAUGAAAUGUCCUCACUGCAGCUUCACCACUAUUGACGUAUCAGAGUUUACAUCUCAUUCUACUGCUCAUGUUGAUGAAGACUUAGUCCCUGUUCCUUUGAAGUGUGAAUUGUGUGACUUUACUGCAGUAUCUAAUCGUAGUCUGAAAUCUCACAUGAAACGACACAUAAAUGACCAAAGGUAUGUUCAGCAACCUCUUGAACAGUACAAGUGUAAUCUCUGUGGGUAUGUUUGCCACCAUCUUCCCUCUUUGAAAUCUCACAUGUGGCGCCAUGCCAGUGACCGGAAUUAC